GGCACAGGAUUCAGGCAGAAGGGAAACGAAACUGAGUGUGUGCUUCUUAUAACAGCUGUCCAUGGGAGAGGAGGCCUCGUUCAAAGUGGACGUCCAGUAACCAACCGAGGAUGUCUCGUCUGCUUUUUCUUGUUGCUCUACUUUCUCAACUUCACGGUCUCCUGUGUACUGUGACCACAGGUGGAGACCAGAAAGUGUUCGAGGGUCAAUCGCUAACUAUUCCCUGCUAUUAUAACCCUGAGUACACUCCUAAUGUGAAGUACUGGUGCCAGGGCUCCAUAAAGGACUUCUGCAGCACUCUGGCUCGCACAGACAAGUCGGAAUAUGCUCCAGACUCAAAAGCUAAAAUAUCGAUCGCCGAUGACCCGACACAGCUCAUGUUCACUGUGACCAUGCGUGAACUGAAGGAGAAAGACUCGGGCUGGUACUGGUGCGGGGUGGAAAUAGGAGGAAUAUGGAGCAAGGACAGGACUGCGUCACUUUAUAUCAGUGUUAUACAAGGUAUUUCAGUAGCAAACAAUGAAGUGAGAGGUGAGGAGGGUGGCAGUGUGACGGUACAGUUCCUCUACAGUGAGAAACACAGAGAGAGCGAGAAGAGGUGGUGCAGGAGUGGCCAUUUAGAUUCCUGCAAGGUCACAACCAAUGGGACGUUCAGCAGCGAAUCUCUGCUCAUCAGCGACGACAAGAAAGACACAGUUACCGUGACGAUGAGGCAGCUGGAGAUGCGGGACGCAGGAUGGUACUUGUGCGGAGCGGGCGAACACCAGGAAUCUGUUAAUGUGUUAGUCACACCAAGACCAACAACUGCAACAUAUGAAAAAACAACACAACAGCAUCUGUCUAAGGUUAAAACUCAAUACUCCAACAGCAUCAUUUGGCUGUCGGUUCUGUUCGCAUGUGCAGCGCUGGUGUGCUUGCUGGUUGCAGGCGUGAUAACAUGGAUAAAAUUUAUGAAGAUAUGUAAUCAUAGGAUGCUGGAUGAAACUGCAACAGAACUCACGGUGUGUCUAAGAAAAAGUGGAAACUGGAAAACUCUUCUGUCAUCUUCCUGAACAAAUUAGAGCAUCAUGUGCAUGUGUUGUAAGACAACCUUCUCAGUUGUAACGUGGAAAGGAGUUGUUUUGUAAAAAAUCCUUAUAUGAUAGCAAUAAAAUGAUGUAAUUAACCUUUUUUGGUGCUUUUUCGGCGCGUAUGAUUAAAUACCACCUCAUCUCAUGAUUAAAUAAAUGAUAUGUAAUUAAAUAAAAAUUGAAAAAUACUGAUUGUGAGCUUAGCAGUUGUAUCUCUUCAUGACAUUUUUUGUAUGAAAUCCAACAUAAUCACUAUAAUUCAUUGUAAUCACUUUAUAGUAAAUGUAUAAUUCUGUUUUUUAAAUAAUAAAAAGAAGCACAGUGAGGUUAUAUGAAAAUAAUCAAUAGUGGGAUUAUGUUGUGUCUUUAUGAAUUAUUAUGACCUCACAAAAGUUUAUUAUUUUCCAAAUAACAGCACAUCGCUUAACAUUAUAUUGUUUUUUACUACAGAUAUGUGCCACCAUUGUUUCUUUUACUUUUAAAAACAACAUUUUUUGUUCAUUUAUGGUUUAAUUCAUUGUUAAAUGUGCUCAAAACAAGUUCCUGUUUUCAAUAUGUAGCUCUAAACAAUCUUUUCUCACCAGCCUAAGUAAUAUUUUGCCCUGUCCUGAAGAUAAUCAUAGUAAUAAUACAUAGCUUGUCUGUUUACAAGAAAUCUGUCCUAAAUAUAAUUUUUUUCAUUUUCAGCAUUAUUUCUGCUUAAUAUAAAGCACUGACACUGGAGACUCAUUUGAAAAAUGUUAAACAUCUUGCAGAAAAUUGUGCCAUCUCACGAGUCACACAUGUAUACCAAAUAUUGCACUAUGAAUUAGAUAUUACUCUUGAAAUAAUAGCUUUAUAGGAUUAGCCCCUCCAUACUGUAUAAACCUUACAGUCAGAAUCUGCAGUGAAAUUAUUUGGUUAUAAUUAAUGUAAAAAUUGAUUGUGUAUUGUGCUGGAAAUUUUCAAUAAAGUCUAUCAAUACAAAGGAA